AUGUAUAUGCAGAACUCCUCGUCGAAUAACCUCUUCCGAUCAUUUAACAACCAAGGAAACAAUGCAAAUAAGGGGAUCUUUGGAAAUGCAAACGUCCAGUCCAACCUACCGAACACGGAUCACUCGUCCAUUUUUGGAGUUUCGAAAACAUCGCAAUCGAACAAUGCGCUGGUGGAUAAGAAUUUGUUUAAUAUGAACACGAGCUCCAGUGUAUUAAGUGGAAAUAAAGGGAUCUACGACAAUAUGAAUAGUCAGUCCAGCUUAGGUAACAAAAAUAUCUUUGGAGGGUCAAGUGUAGGAAAUAGUGGCAAUCAAGGAAAUAUGGGAGGAAAUAAUUUAUUCAUGAAUUCAAGUAAUCAAAGUGGCUUAGGCAUGAAGAAUAUUUUUGGGGGAACGACAAAUUUAAAUGCUCCAGGAACGAACUUAUCCAAUAAAGGGCUUUUUGGAGGCAUGCAACAGAAUAAUCAGAGCUCUGCUCCAUCUUCCAGUAACCUUUUUGGCAAUUUGUCGUCUAAUCAAGCGAGCUCCGGAAAUAUGUUUGGAAAUUUAGCCUCGGCUAAUCAAAAUAAGGGAAAUAGUUUAUUUGGCCCAUCGUCUCAGUCUAAUCAAACAUCAGGAAGUAACAUGUUUGGGAAUGCAUCCCCCAUGGGACAAAAUAAGGGUGGUGGGUUGUUUGGAGCGCUGCAAUCGUCUACUCAUGGCAAUACGGGUAACAGCAUGUUUGGAAGCGCUACCGGUGGAAUGAGCCAAAAUAAGGGAAGCAGCACUCUCUUCGGGGGGAUGUCCGCCACCACGCCCACUAACACAGGAUCUGGAAAUAUCUUCGGAAAUGCAUCUUCAAUGAAUCAGAACAAGACCAGUGGUGGUCUUUUUGGAGCGUUGCAAACGUCUAAUCAGGGUAAUACAAGUAACAGCAUGUUUGGAAGUGCUACCGGUGGCAUGAACCAAAAUAAGGGGAGCAGCAUAUUUGGUGGAUCCUUUGGGACGGCGAAUCAAGGAUCAGCACAGAGUAACAUGUUUGGCAAUGCAUCAUCGAUGGGCCAAAAUAAGGGUGGAGGUCUUUUUGGAGCGCUGCAAUCGUCUACUCAGGGCAAUACGGGUAACAGCAUGUUUGGAAGCGCUACCGGUGGGAUGAGCCAAAAUAAGGGAAGCAGCACUCUCUUCGGGGGGAUGUCCGGCAGCACGUCGACCAACACAACAUCUGGAAAUCUCUUCGGAAAUGCAUCUUCAAUGAAUCAGAACAAGCCCAGUGGUGGUCUUUUUGGAGCGUUGCAAUCACCCAGCCAAGGCACAACAAGUAGCAGCAACAUGUUUGGCAGCUUCGGAGCCAGUCAGGCAAAACCAGCCACGGGUGGAAACCUCUUUGGAGGAAUGUCCUCAACACCGGGGACGAGUGCAACUACUGGGACGGGUAGCAACCUCUUCGGGACCACAGUCCAGGGUAGCCAAAAUAAAACCGGCAGUAACAUUUUUGGGACAAUGUCAGGAAGUACACAAGCUGGAAGUAGCAAUAGCCUUUUCGGUGCAACAACUUCUCCAAGUGCCAAUAUGGGAGGUAAUAAUGUGUUUUCAUCAUCCAUGACAACGCCAACGAGCCAAAAUAAAUUUAAUAAUAUAUUUGGACAGGUUGGAACAGCUGGUCACAGUACAUCGGUGAAUUCUGCUGCCACGGGAGUUUCUUCCACUCCAGGAUUAGGAGGAGCAACGCAAAGUGGUAGCACGAGUAAUAUCUUUGGAAGCGUAUCGACCGGUACGAAUUUUGGUGGAGUGGCUGACAGCAAGAAUAUAUUUGGAACAUCGUCUGGUUUUUCGUUGGGCUCGGGAAAUACCGGUGCGAAUUUCACCGCUGGAGCUGGAGGAGUGGGCACCGGAUUAAGCACAGGAGGAGUUGGACUAGGUAUCGGAUCCAAUUUGGGAACGACCAUGGGGACAAGUGUGGGCACCAACAUGGGUUCAAACCUAGGCUCAAACCUGGGUUCCAAUUUGACAUCAAAUAUGAAUGCCAAUUUAAACUUGGGGGCGGGUACCGGCACCGGCGCCAAUGCCAACGCGUCGAGCAUAUUUGGUGGUUUAGGCGGACUAAACUCCAAUUUGGGUGGCAGCACAAUGAUAGGUAGUACCGGUUUGGGUCAGAAAAUAAGCACAAGUGCAGCAGGUGGAGCGUCAACCAAUAUGUUCAUAGGAAAUAAGAAUUUGGGGCCUAAUAACACUACAUUGGUGAGCACGCAGAAUAAUCUCCUGUUAGGCGAGAAGGGAAAGGCAAACAAUUUCAUGGCACAAGAAUUUAAAAGUGAUCAAAAGGACGAAUUAGGUGGUAGCAAAGACCAUUUAGACAAGUCCGUUGAAGAGUUAACGAUUAUAAAGAAGCAGGAAGGCAUUUUCGAUCAGGCGUAUGAAGAGGAUGAGGUGUUUAGCGAAAAGGAAUCAGAAGGGACCUUUUACAAUUAUAUUAAUUUAAUUAUAAAUGAUAACAUAAACGACAUACAAAAGACAACGUUUUCUUUAUUGAAUGAUCAUGAUUCGUUAAUGUGGGAUAAUUUUAAAAGUAAUAUUUUUAAAAACUUUGUGGAUUAUUUGGUGAAUUUUAAGCAGAAAAAAAAUCAAAAGGUUGUUAAGAGCAACGUGUUAGAUCUGGAUCAACAUGAGUUUCAAAUUUUAAUUUGGCUAUACAAUGUGAACGCAUACAAAGUUGAUUUUAUUCCCUUUAAGAGCUUUUACUACUUAUUGUUAAGUGAUACCAAUUUAAAUUACUCGAAGAUUUUUAUCGGAAAUGUAGACAAGAAUUUAUUUCCUGGAAGCUUUGUUGAAGUGAACGACCAUUACUACAUGAACUCGAAGAACCACUUCUUCAAAUCGCAGAUAAGUAAGUACCAGGAGAGUGACACAAUGUCAAGUCGGGAUAGAAGGCGAGGCAAAAGAAGAGGGACAAACGCGACAAAUAUAAACGCGCUAGAUGUGGAUUCCAUUUAUAAGCAAGUUUUGAAAGACAUUCUAAAUAGUCUACUAAAUAUGAAUUUGUCCAUAACGAGGGAAAAUAUAAAAAGAAGGGAAAAGGAGGAGUACUACGAAAACGGGGAUAACAACAACAAUAAUGGUAAUAGCAAUAGUAAUGGUAAUAUGAGCGGCAAAGAUAAGCUCAAUUCGGCCUCCAACUACACAUAUGAAAAUUUACUGUUAAACUAUUUGUUCGGAACGUUGCAACAUUUGCAUGACAAGUUUUACAGAAUCGAAAUAAGCAACUAUGUUGCCAAGGAUUUAAACCAGAUUGAUGAAUAUUUUGUGGACUCCAAGUCGAACGCCAUUUUUUCAUACUGUUAUGACAAUUUUUAUAAGAAUGAAAUGGACAAGGAAAACUGCACUAUCCAUUUUUUUUUCUACCUAGUUAACAUAAUGUUUCGGUGCGGAAAUUACUUGGGGCUAAUCCAGAUAAUUAAGGGGGACGAAUUUGUGAAAAAUUUAAGCAUUGACAGCUACCUGUACGACUUUGUAAUAUUACUGAUAAGAAUUUUAUUUUUAAUUUAUAAUAAAAGUAACGAGAUAAGCAUCUUCGAGAAUAUGAAGGUGGAUUUUGACUGCACCGACAUUUUUAAAAAAAAGAUCAACAUGUCAGUGUUGAUUAAUUUUUUCCACUCAAUUAUUUACCUCUGUGUUAACAACAUUUAUGCUUACGAUUUGCUGUGCGUUUUGUUUUCUGACAUUUUUUACAAAAAGGGGGCCAUGUACAUCAAUCGGGACAAAAAAAUGGAGAUGAAAAAUAUUUUUCAUUACAGAGAGGGGAGAAGCCCCGGCUAUGAGAACAAUCGUGACGAUGAUGGUGAUGACGAUCUUGAUGAUCAUCAUCAUCAUGACAGUCGUAUCGGGCCGAAUACAAAUGACUACAAUAGAGAGGGUGGUUAUUAUAAGGGCAGAGGGUACAAUGGGGGGGAGGGGGCAGCUGCAGGGAAGGAUUCCAUAAGAGGAAGGCGGUCAGAGCAAAGAUCCAAAAGUCAAUACAGUGACGACUACUACGGUGAUUAUAGCGAUCUCCCUUAUGGUGAGCAGUACGAGGACUAUUAUGAUGAGGGGUACGUGGGCCCCCCGAGGAACGGCGGUCGAGGUAGUAGAAAUCCUAGUAAUCUCCGCAAUGGAAGUAGACGACACCCCAACGAUGACCUAAUCGAUGAUGAACGGAGAAAUAGCAGACGUAGCAGUCGGAACAGAGGCGAUGCUAAUAAUAACAAGACUAACAACUCGAUGAGGGGCUACUUCAGCAGCGAUGAGAACAGCAACAACGGAAGAGCAAGGAAAGGGAAAAAAGGCAAAAAUAGAACCUUCUUUUUUGACAUGUUUACAAAUAUGCUUCAGAAGCCGAAGAAAUCCCAAGAGGAUGAAUUUGGAAACAUCGAAAUAAAUGAAGAGAUGGAGGACAGAAUGAACAGAGAUUCGGAACACAUAAGUUACAUCGAAUCUUUGGGAAUCACCAACAGGUAUGGCUAUAAUUUUGAGUACUGCAAUAUCGAGACGAGUAUAUGGAUCGAAUUGACUUUGUUUCUUUCGAAGAACUUUGACUUGUAUGGAAGUAAAUUUCAAGAGAAUUUUGACAUCAUGGAUGUUAACUUAAGUUUUUGCAAUUACGAUGACGAUAAUAAUGCCUUUUUAAAUGACACAAAAUAUAGGAGGGAGAAAAUAAACAGCAAAAUUGAAAAGUUAUUCAUUUGCAUAUCGCACUGUCUUGUCAACGAAAAUAAAGAUUUUUUUGCCGUCUGUUCGAAACUCAAGGUGGAUGAAGUCAUAAAUAAUUUUAUUGUGGUGGAUGGAAAGAUUGCAGAAAAGGUUAAGGGCAACGUAUCAAAAAUUUUAAAAAAUAAUUUCGUGCUCUACAUUAAGCUAUUUUACUACCUCCUGUUAGUGGGAAAUAUUUACACCACGGUUGCGUUUUUAUCGUGUAUAUCGAGCAACGUGCAGAGGAUCCUCCUAGUGCUGACUAUAUUUUUGCACAAAAAUGACAUCUUCGAGAAUGACCAGUUGAAUAAUAUAAAAUUAAAGACGUUACAAUUUUUGAAGUUAAAAAAUGAAAGCGACUCAUUUUUGGAUCAUUCCAUGAAUGGUAUUAAUGACGAUGUUUCAUCUGCCGCGGCGACAGUGGCGGCCACAGCUGUGGAAGCCACGGCAAUUGUGGCCACCUCUGUAGCAGACAGAAUGAAUUUAAUCAAUCUGAGCUUGAAUAGUAUUGACCUCCCCUUUGACUAUUUUGUACUUCGAAAUAAUAACAUUAAUAUUCUGUUAAAAAUAACGUAUCUGCUUAAUUUGAAGACAAGCUUAAGUAUCAAACUGUUGAAGAGUAUUGUGCAGGAAAAUCAAGAUAUACUCUUGCACGAGAGUGUAAUUGGGCAGAUAAAUAACGACGGGAAUAUACUUUAUGGGAAAUUACAUGACUUUCUCUUCUUAUUUAAGAAUAAAGUGAAAAUGAGAAAGGACAUAAAAUGCUACUUCUUAAUGUACUACGUUUUGUACAAGAAGAAACUCUUUCAUAAUAGUAAAUUAUGUAAACAUAAAAAUGAAAAUGACGAAGAAUAUCAUUACAAGUGCAGGAAUUUUAAGUAUGUGCAAAGCAAGAAUAUUAACACAUUGAAUAGGAUAUCCUUGGACAACUCCAUCAUCAGUGUGCAUUGCUCCAUUCUGUACAAAAUAUCUCAGUUUUAUGCCAUCCUGGCGUACUUUGCCAACCAGAGGAAGAACUACAUCAUUUCGUUCAUCUGCUACUACAUCUUGAAGGACGAGCAGAGCGCCAUAAACUCCUUGAUUAGGAUUUACAACGACGAGCUGAUAUACUACUACCACAACAACGAGCGGGAGUACGUCUACAUCCGCAAGUGUGCCUUCCGAUUUUAUCACUUGGCCAAGAACAUGUGGCCCUCAAACGUUAAGCUGGAAUCAAUUGAAAACAAGUCGUAUCUAAUCCUGAGCAUCCUGUUCAUGAAGAGGAAGAUGUUCGAAGAGGCCUUUAUAAUCUUUUCGUCCAGCCUGAUUCCGGACAACAUGCUGGAGAAGCUGUCCACGGCGGAUUACUACAACAUCGAUUUGUCCUCCAACUUUUUGAUGACGCUGCGGGAACUGUGUCGACAGAACUAUCAGAUAAGCGAACUGGUAGGACAGACCACUCUUCACGCCGUUGUUAAAUUUUUGCUGCCUAUCAAGGACAAGUUGGAUGCACAAGUUGUGGAGAGCAUCAACUAUCUGAGCUCAUUAAGCUUUUAA